GGCGGAAAGGGGCGGGACUUCCAGGCGAAGGCGGCAGGUUUGAAAAAUGACAACGGUCGGUGUUUGUUGAUUUGUCUGUCUGCCUGUAGCUGAUCCAGCAGCUCGCCGGCUUCUCUCCGGAGGCUGGUACCGCAGGCGGGGACUUUCAAGAUGGAAACUUUGUCAUUCCCCAGAUACAAUGCAGCUGAGAUUGUGGUUCAUAUUCGCAAUAAGUUAUUAACAGGAGCUGAUGGCAAAAACCUCUCUAAGAAUGAUCUUUAUCCAAAUCCGAAGCCUGAAGUCCUGCACAUGAUCUACAUGCGAGCCUUACAAAUAGUAUAUGGAAUACGGCUGGAGCACUUUUACAUGAUGCCAGUGAAUACUGAAGUCAUGUAUCCGCAUAUAAUGGAGGGCUUUUUACCAGUCAGCAAUCUGUUCUUUCACUUGGACACUUUUAUGCCCAUUUGCCGGGUGAAUGACUUUGAGAUUGCUGAUCUUCUGUAUCCAAAAGCAAAACGGACAAGCCGGUUUUUAAGUGGCAUUAUCAACUUUAUUCACUUCAGAGAAGCAUGCCGUGAGACAUACGGAGAAUUUCUUUUGCAAAAUAAAUCCUCUGUGGACAAAAUGCAGCAGUUAAACACUGCACACCAGGAAGCCUUAAUGAAAAUAGAGCGACUUGAUUCGGUUCCAGUCGAAGAGCAGGAAGAGUUCAAGCAACUUAUGGAUGAUAUCCAAGAUCUGCAGCAAUUGCUGAGUCAGGAGUUUCGGCAAAAAACGAUAGUGCUGCAGGAUGGAAAUACCCAAAAGAAAACAGAUAUUUCAGAGAAAACCAAGCGUUUGAAUGAACUAAAAUUGUCAGUGGUUUCUUUGAAAGAAGUUCAAGACACUCUGAAAACCAAAAUUGUAGAUUCUCCAGAGAAGGUAAAGAAUUUCAAAGAAAAAAUGAAAGAUACAGUCCAGAAGCUCAAAAAUUCCAGGCAAGAAGUGAUGGAGAAGUAUGAGAUCUAUAGAGAUUCAGUUGACUGCCUGCCUUCCUGCCAGCUGGAGAUGCAGUUAUAUCAGAAAAAAACACAGGACCUUGCAGAUGACAGAGAAAAGUUGAGCAGUAUCUUAAAAGAGAGUCUGAACUUGGAGGACCAGAUUGAAAGUGAUUCAUCAGAGCUGAAAAAAUUGAAGACUGAAGAAAAUUCAUUCAAAAGACUGAUGAUUGUGAAGAAGGAAAAGCUUGCCACAACACAGUUCAAAAUAAAUAAGAAACAUGAGGAUGUUAAGCAGUACAAACGAACAGUAAUUGAAGACUGCAAUAAAGUUCAAGAAAAAAGAGGUGCUGUCUGUGAGCAAGUAACCUCAAUUAAUCAAGAAAUCCAAAAAAUUAAAUUUGGAAUCCAGCAACUAAAAGAUGCUGCUGAAAGGGAGAAACUGAAGUCUCAGGAAAUAUUUGUAAACUUGAAAACUGCUUUGGAGAAAUACCACGAAGGCAUUGAGAAGGCGGCCGAAGAGUGUUAUGCUAGGAUAGAGGAGAAGACAGCCGAGCUGAAGCAGAGGAUGCUCAGAACGUCAUCCUGACGCCCAGCUGCAUUUUUCAGGAAGUGACUUUCUGUUCUUCGUUUCCGUUUGGGGGAGUUCUACUGAAGCUAACAGAGGACCAGAAACAUCAGAUGACAUUGCAUUCCUUAGGUUUCACACAUCUCAUUAGUGGUCAUUUUUAUGAUGAUGUGCUUUUUGUUUUUUCCUUGUGGUACUAGGGAGAGAACCUAGGGCCUUGUGCAUGAUAGGCAAGCACCCUACGCUAUGCUACAGCCCCAGACCCCAGCAUGCCCAUUUUUGUACACUUUCCUUGUAAUUAAAAUAACUUGUACAGCUUUUUAUGUCUCUGUCAUUUUUAUAUGUGCUGGUUGGAAUAAAACAGAUAGUUUCCUUUGAA